CAUUUUUCCUGCUGCGUGUCCUCGCGCCUGGCCACACUUUCGAUUACUGUCCUAUCGAUAAGGGGCAAAACAGCUGAUUUGCUUCCGCCACUAGCGACAAGUAAACAAAUAAACACCCAGAAAAAACAAAAUAUGGCAUUUUGCAUAGCUGUGAUUGGCAAGGAUAAUGCCCCCCUGUACCUGACCACAUCCGACAUGGAGCAGGAACUGGACUUGCAAUACCACGUAAACGCCGCUUUGGACGUCGUGGAGGAGAAGUGUCUGAUUGGCAAGGGAGCUCCGGAGUCCAAGGAGCUGUACCUGGGACUGCUCUACUCGACGGAGAACCACAAAAUCUACGGGUUUGUGACCAACACUCGGGUGAAAUUCAUAGUGGUCAUCGACUCCAGCAACGUUGCUCUUCGGGAAAACGAAGUGCGAGCGAUCUUCCGAAAUCUCCACUUGCUCUACACAGAUGCCGUCUGCAAUCCCUUUUACAUUCCCGGCGAAUCGCUGACUUCCAAGAAGUUCGAUCGUGCUGUCCAGAAAUUGAUGAGCGGCACUGCCUAGCUGUAGAUUAAUACUGAACGAAUAAUAAAGCGAAUAAUUUAUCAGA